AUUGUUUGAAGUGAUAGAGACGGACAAGACGUUAUACCUUGCAAUGGAGUAUGCCAGCGGAGGUGAAGUCUUCGACUAUUUAGUAGCACAUGGAAGGAUGAAGGAAAAAGAAGCCAGGGCCAAGUUUAGACAAAUUGUGUCUGCUGUACAGUACUGUCAUCAAAAACGAGUAGUUCAUAGAGAUUUAAAGGCAGAAAAUUUGCUACUUGACAAAGACCUCAAUAUCAAGAUUGCGGAUUUUGGCUUCAGCAACGAGUUUACUAUCGGCUGUAAAUUAGAUACCUUCUGCGGCAGUCCCCCCUAUGCAGCUCCAGAAUUGUUUCAAGGCAAGAAAUAUGACGGUCCCGAGGUGGACGUCUGGAGUUUAGGGGUCAUCCUUUACACGUUGGUCAGUGGCUCAUUACCCUUCGAUGGACAAAAUCUCAAGGAACUAAGAGAAAGGGUUUUACGAGGGAAGUAUAGGAUUCCAUUCUACAUGUCAACGGACUGUGAGAAUCUACUCAAGCGGUUUCUAAUGUUGAAUCCAGCCAAGAGGGCCAUGCUAGAGAUGAUCAUGAAGGACAAGUGGAUGAACGCUGGGUUCGAGGAGAACGAGCUGAAGCCUCACCAGGACAACCAGGAAGACUUCUAUGACGAGAGGAGGAUAGAGACCAUGACGGGUAUGGGAUUCAAGAGGAAAGAAAUUGAAGACUCGCUCAGGAAUCACAAGUAUGACGAGCACUAUGCUACCUACCUGCUCCUUGGAAGGCGGCAUAGCGAUGCUGAGGAUGCAGACUCCACGUCGGGCAGCUGUCUGUCGCUACCGCAACGCACCGUGAGUGACCUGAGCAGCUCCAUCACCCAAUCACCGUCCUCCCAGGGUAAGAAACAGCGCAGCAUCCCAUCCAAUCAGAAAGAGAGACGAUUUAGUCAUGGCGGGGAGAAUUACGGGCAGCACUCCUACAAACGCCACAUUGACAGUAGUCUGAAGGAGAACAUGGCCAUUCCACAUAGAGGGCGCUCUAGUCACGGUGCCAUCGGCUCCAAAGAUAGCAGCUCCUCACAGUCCAACUCGGGCAAUAAUCCCAACCAGUCGGAUAUACCUGACAGAAAACCCAAAUCUACGCCAAAGAGCGCCAGCAAACUGCCCACAAAGACUCAAGCUGCUAUGAGUAGGAGAAACACAUAUGUUGCAGGUGAGAGGGAUUUCGCUGGGUCAAGUAGAACCAACGGUAGCAGUGAAAGGUCGACAAGACACCAGAAAUCCUCCUCAACGUCCAGUCAUCCCGUCAAAGGGGCAAUCCUCCCGCCCAUUGACGACCCCAGUAAUCGGCCCAGUACUGCACCCAACAAGAGACACCAAAUAGGUGGUUCACCCAGUGUGAGGGGGCCACCGGUCCAAGGUACUAAUCUUCAUAGAGGUACCGUCAACCGAGCUACCUUCCACGGUGCACCGGGUCGCCGAUCCAUGUUCAACGGGCCCGCAGCGGCCCAGGGCAGUGCCCAGGACACGUCUACCAUGAACAGGGGCGGUCCACAUAACAUCUCCUUAUUCAGCAAGUUUGCUUCCAAGUUUAGCAGAAGGUCACUAGUAGUUGAUCAACCUCCUACAGAGUUCGUGAAGCCAAGAUCACUGCGGUUUACCUUCAGUAUGAAGACAACAAGCUCAAAAGAGCCGGACUCCAUCAUCGGCGAGAUCCGCCGGGUGCUGGAAUCCAACGGCGUGGACUUUGAACAGCGCGAACGCUAUCUAUUGUUUUGUGUACACGGCGAUGGGCGGGGAGACAACCUCAUCCAGUGGGAGAUGGAGGUGUGCAAACUCCCGCGCCUCUCGCUCAACGGGGUGCGCUUCAAACGGAUAUCGGGCACCUCCAUGGCCUUCAAGAACAUUGCCUCAAAGAUCUCCAAUGAACUGUGCUUGUGAAGUGAUGCCGGAACCAUUCAGCAACAUGACAGCUGCGACGAGAUUCAAGUCCAUCUGGGUUAGGUAGCGAGCUCCGCGCCUGGCACGUGCCCUAGCAAAGCACGUGUCAGCGGCUGCUACUACCACUAUCUAUGUCCUCCACACUUUCAUACCGUCUGCUUUGUAUGUGAACGAGAUGCAUUCGUUUUGAUGUAUCGUGACAUCACCAUCACAUCACGUGACGUCGUCAAUCCUUGAAGCAUCUUUUUGUCAUCUGUGAAGAUGCUCCUAGAACUGCACUCUUUAGUAUGCACGUUUGUAAUGUAGCAAUACAGACCUGAUUGCACAUCACCGUCACCACCUGAUUCUAAUACCUAGUAGAUGUUGUGUAAGAAGUCCACUCUGAUCCUUGAUGUUCUGCAUGACUCAAACCUUCACCAACUCACAGACUGCUUCUCUAAAACCUGACAGAGUUGCGGUUUGUCUUUGACUCAUCAAAAGAUUGAAGCAGCUCAGUCAAACCUGGUGUCCAACCUCGGAUACUGUUCUUUGUGUUGAAUAAGAUCUUCAUGCAUAUUGUAACAUGGAAGGUGCAAUCUGCCAUCAUAUGUUGAUUAUUCUCUGUGACCAUGUCCCUUUCUUUACAAGUAGGAUGUGUGAUGUGGGUAAUUGGCAAGCAGGGUAUACAACCUUCUUUCAGGAUCUGUUGUGCAUAGUAUAUGUUAUCUUAGUCAUCUCUUCAUUUAAACCCACUGCCUCGCCGUAGCUGCAUGCUACAUAUAAAGCAGACCUUUGCUCGUCAUGAGAGCUAGCAGAAAGGACCAUCGGGAUUGGCCGUUUGCUGCGUGUGCUCCGGAUCGUGACGAUGAGACUGUCAUCGAAGACCCAGCUGAUUGGUUCCACAUAACAUUAUUCGCUUUACGUUUUACCAGAACGGGAUAGAGCGUCUUAACUGCCAAAAGAGGGAGCCCUUGUGUUUGAUGAUGUGAUCAUCAAGCCAGGGAAGAUUGGAAGUACCUUGGCUAUAAGUGCCAUUUAGUAGCCAUCGGUACAGGAGAAUGGAUCAAUGGAAAUGGAAUUGUUUUUAAAAAGUAAUUCAAGUGAUAUAUGACUUAUAACUAAGAGUGUUUCUGCAUCACUUUAUUUUUUUGUCUUUUUUUCAAGCAAAGUGAUGCGGAACAGAAAAGCUAAUUUAUGUGAAUAUUGGUAAUUAAUAGUAUGAAACCUUACCUAUAGAUUUAUAGUACGUUUCAUUCGGAGUAAACUAAAGAUAGGGUUUUGCCAUUGAAACUUGGAAAAACUCAACUCACAGAGAUUUAAUGUGUGCAUAAUAAUGAGUACCGUGGGUCAUACAAUAAUAGUGCACAAUAACAUUCAGUAUUUCACCCGAAAGGAAAACUACUAACUGUUGUAAAAAAAAAGUUAUAUGAAAAAAAAUAACAAAGUCAUCAAAUACACAUUUUAUUGCUACUUUGUGGAUGUAUGUUACUUUUGUAAUUUUGAUAGACUUGGCAAUGGUAUGCUCUAUAGCACUUACUUUCCAAUAAUAGAUACCAGUAAUUCGGGCCUCAUAUUCUUUUUAUAUUAGUCUAUUCAGCCUAAUACUCGGCUCUUUUUGAGCUCCAAUGGAUUUGUGCAGACUAAUUAGGUCAAGAUUCUUUUAUAAUAGAACAGUUUGAUAGGUCACACGUAUAAAGAUUAUGCCAUUUUUAAAUCUUUGUUUACGGCCAUGGGCAUAAAGGAGGUUUAACCAUGAAAGACAGAUUUUUCAUCUCUAUUUUCAAAAUUGAACCACAAUUUUAAUUCUUUUCAUGUAUCAAUCUAACUCACGAGUGGUAGCAAGCCAUUUGUAUUUCCUUUUCAAUAACCUACUGACGUAUUGCCCUUAAUUUAUAUCGUCCCCUCGCUUUAUUACAAGUCAGUUUCUUAUUGAUUUGCAAAUAUUUUUCUUUUUCUUAGGUUGUUUAUUUUUACACAAUUCUUUGACAUUUUAGCUACUUUGGUUGGUAUAUUUAUGAUUAUCAGGUUGAUGUGACCAAAACAAAGUUUUGAUGUCCCUCAGAAAUGAUGAAUUAUAGGGAAAAGGGUAUGUGGGUUAGAUAUUUUACGAAAAACGAAAGUUCUUGAUGAUUUGAUAGCGCUAUCUGGGCUGUGUAACAUGGAGCUUAGUAAACGACCGUGGUGCUGAUUAUAACAAGCAAUCAUACACAAUAGUCAAUGUGAUCAAUUGUAGAUCACCCCUAAAAUCAGUCGCUAAGCUCUGUGUUGAAGGUCCAGGGGGGUGUUUCACAAAGAGCUCACCGAGACUUUGAGUUGUGCUUGAAACAUGAACGCGCACUUGUUAUUUAACAUGUAAUCUGACUGAUGCAUACACGACAUGCGCAUGAUCUGACCAAUGUGGUGAUGCGUUGUAUUCCGCACGCAGCUGACAUUUAAGUGCGACUAGUAAGUCGCGCUUACAUAAUUGUGAAACACCCCCCUGAUCUUUUUUCGGUGUUUCAAGCUCAUGUGCAAAUGAAG